AUGGCUCAGAGGUUUGUUAUCAUUGCUUCAUUUCUGGCAUUAGCUCGUGCUGCUAUCAUCAGCACACCUUCUGCUGCAACAGUUGCUGUUUCUCGACCAACUAUCGUCGAAACUGAGCCUUUUGAUCAUCAUCCCCAGUACAGUUAUAGCUACGCUGUAGCCGACGAUUACACUGAUAACAAAGCCCAACAAGAAACACGCAAUGGAGACAUCGUCCAAGGCCACUACAGUUUAGUAGAACCUGACGGUUCUCAACGUACUGUUUCUUACGCAGCUGAUGGAGUCAACGGUUUCAAUGCCGUCGUUCAGAAAAACCACAAUAUCAACGUAAAUUCCCAACACACCGUCGCUUCUUCAGUAACUCCAGUGAGAAACACCGUAGUCAGCAGACCAGGUCACAUUUGGACUCAAGCUUAUCCCAAGGGACCUUCGGCUGUAGUCGCUACAGCAAACGCCAACGUUUGGCGUCACUCGAGCUUGGGCACUUCACCCUAUGUUACUUCUAAUCUCGUGGAAGUUGGCGCCAGAGCUGGGGCUCUGUAUGAUACGCAACCAUGGGUUGGUACUCUUGGCUAUGAUUCAGCUCGUGUAGUCAGGAUUCACUAA